GUCGGAAAUAUUCUACUGUCUUGUGUUCAAGAUUCUGUUAUCUUUCAUUCAUACUGCAUAGCGAGUGCAACAUGGGGUAUAACCUCGCGGUGCUAGGAUGCGGGACCAUGGGCAUCGCCAUCCUCUCUGGCGUUCUAUCCUCUCUGGAAUCCCGCAUAAGAUCAUUCCCCAAUGGAUCAGCUCAACAAGGCCUCGAACCGCCCAGUGGAAUCUCUACACCGACUGCCAAUCAAUUCCUCGAAGCACCUGAUGAGGCUCUACCUUCAAACUUUAUAGCUACCGUUGGACGUAUAGAAACGGGACGAAAAUUGAGAAAGGUUUUCGAUUCCAUGGGAGGUCUAGGUGGGAAUGUUGAGAUUAGAGCCGGAGAAGGCAACGUCAGCGCAGUCAAAGACUCGGAUGUCAUCUUGGUCUGCUCCAAACCUCAGAUCGCUCGUGUCAUCUUAUCUGAACCGGGCAUCGCAGAAGCUCUCCAAGGGAAACUUGUCGUGUCCAUCUGCGCAGGUGUCACCAUAGCUCAAUUACAAUCUUGGGUCCCUCAAAGUGUCACAGUCGUCAGGGCCAUGCCAAAUACGCCAUGCAAGAUCCGAGAAGGAAUGACAGUCGUCACUCCGCUGUCAUCGGCAACUCAUCGAUCUAUCCUUUUGGCCAUCUUCACCUCGUGUGGACGCUGUCGAUUCCUCGAUGAGAAGCACUUUGACGCCUGUACGGCUCUAGCGGGGAGUGGACCAGCAUUCUCCGCGCUGGUCCUCGAGGCAAUGACAGACGGUGGAGUCAUGAUGGGUUUACCGCGUCCAGAGGCUUUGGAGCUGGCAGCGCAGACUAUGCAGGGAACAGGGAGGAUGGCACUGUAUGCUGGAUUACAUCCUGCUCAACUCAAAGAUAGCGUGACGACCCCGGGAGGAUGCACCAUCGCUGGUCUACUGACACUGGAGGACGGGCGAGUCAGAUCAACGAUGGCACGAGCUAUUCAAGUGGCUACGAACCAUGCCUCUGGCCUGGGACAGGACAAGAAAUAGUCUAAUAUAGAUGCAUAGAGGUACAACAUGCCGCUUGAUGACUAUUGGAUGAGUCUCGCAUCAGAACCCCGAUACAGCUGAUUAUCGUAUAUAUACUGGAUAACGCUAUUCGGCAAAAGGUACCUAGAUUGUCAGAUGCGAUACGCACAGAAAACUCACUUUAUGCUCAUGCCCCUGCGC